AUGAGUGGGGUGAAAGUGGAGGAGAACUUGAACCGGCUGGACGAACAUCAUAUAGCGGCAAAUUUAUUCCAUAAGCCCACACGUGUUCUUACUCCUCAUGGCACGCUCAUUGAUGUUUUCACGUUAGAGCCUGGGGAUCCAACCAUGGAAAUUAGGCGGGAGAGGCUUGACCCUUAUUUGAGACGUACCGGAUUUUAUCAUGCCUCUUUGAUCAAGCGCUUCGAGUACGACAAUCCACUUAUUAGUGCCUUUGUGGAACGGUGGCGUCCGGAGAUGCAUACGUUUCAUCUGCCUUGGGGUGAGUGUACCAUAACUCUAGAGGAUGUAGCCAUGCAGCUAGGUUUACCUGUUGAUGGUCAGCCUGUUAGUGGUAUGUUGAGGUCAUGGAGUAAGUUUCAUCAGAGAGAUAUUUGGGAAUGGUGUCAUGAACUUCUAGGUGAGGUUCCCCCCGGCCACAUAGGGACAACGAAGUACAACAUCAAGUUGAAGUGGCUCAGAACUCGUCUUCAGCAGAUGCCGCUUGACUUAGAUGAUAAUGGUCUCAUGCAGUAUGCACGUUCUUACAUACUUUACUUGUUGGGAGGCGUGCUUCUCCCUGACAAGGCCAACAACACAGUCCAUGUUCGAUAUCUGCCUUUAUUGGCUGACUUUGAUGCCAUAGGUACGUACAGUUGGGGUAGUGCCGUCCUCUGUUGGUUAUAUCGUUCUAUGUGCCUCGCAACAGAUUACAGUGUUGAGUGUAUGGCCGGGUGUCAUACCUUGCUCAUGUCGUGGAUAUACUAUAGAUUACCGUUCUGGGCCCCGGAUGUCACAACAGCGUUCAGUUUUCCUUUGGCCACGAGGUGGGCAGGGAAAAAAAAGGAAAGAAUGACUAUGCUGAGCAGCACCUACUUAGGCACCGUCUACGCUUGGAUAAUCUACAAGUCGACGAGGUGGAUUGAGAUCCUAAAUGUUGACCGUGUGUUGCGACAGUUUGGGGGAAAGCAAGGACCUCCGAACCCGCCGCUUAAUAUUGAUACGUUCCAUCGACAAUCAGCCCGUAAUGACGACGGUUGGUGGCCGGUUCGACUAUCCGAAUGGUUUGAGGUAUGGGGCAAACGGCGCACGGAUGCAUACCGGCUGCGGAUUGAUCGUGCAGAUACAUUGCGUCCCAGCCAUGAUUACUAUAGGUGGUACUCUGAGAGAACCAGGAGGUUUCUGUCUGCCCCUGAUGCAUUGCAUGACCCGCGGGGUGAUGUUGUCCCCGCAGAUGCGCCGGCAGAGUAUGGAAGAGGCCCUGUGAUUAAUUUGCCUCCCGUUCCCCGAGACCAUCGGCGCCGUCGCUCCCGCAGAGGCAGAGUUGAGGGUCAUGGUGACCAUGGGGACGAUGAGCAACAGUUGCCAGAACAAGACCGACCCAGUUUUGAGCCAGACAUCGAACACCAUAUUCCCCGAGAGGCUCCUCCAGUCGCAGGGGACUACUACUACCCGCAACCUGUUGGACCUGCAGCACCCUCCCAUCCUUCUUCCAUUCAGUAG